AGCCAACAGGCAUGUCACGACGAAGCGAUCGUCCUCACAGGCACAGUCGUUCCACCAGAUCUAGACAGGACGACAUACCUGUUGAUCCAAACCUAACGACUGAAGCCUCAUACCCUCAGUAUACUGAGACUCAGGGCUACAACCCGGCUGGUCCAAGUCAGAGCCAGUAGAGCGCUGAUUCACAAUUCUCUGCACCCGAUACCACUACAUACGCAGCGGUAUCUGACCCAUCAGAGAGUCAGGACACAAGCCAGAUGGCGUAUUAUAUGAUGCAGCAGCAGCAGCCUGCUACUGUGAACCCAAAUGAAGUUCUCCUGAACCCAGGCCUCAGCUACGCAUCUCUAAGUUACGCCAGCUCUGCUUACCAAACUACUCCCUAUGCCGAGGCAGAAGCUUCCUCCUCAGCGGCCCAACCCUCUGCCCAAUACCACUGUUCCGAGUGUGACCGCUUCUUUCCAGGAAACCGAGACUUCAACAAGCACAUGAAGACUCACGACAAACCGGUGAAAUGCAAAGCCGAUGCUAGUUGCAAAGUCACAAAGGCCGAGCAGCGAGACAUGGACCGCCACUACCGAUCCUCGCACAGGGCCUACGCGGCCAGCAAGGGGAUCUUGACUGAAGACGCUAUAUGCGGCUUUCAGGGUUGCACGUCAAAGUUCACUCGCAAGGAUAAUCUGCUCAAACACUGGAAGAAGUUCCAUGGGUAUGAUCAACCGGGGAACUGA